GGCACCGAGUACACGCGCGGCAGCAGUAGCAGCAGCGGCGGAGGAACAUUAAAACACAGAGUCCCAACCAGGGACAGACAGGGUCCAACCACGUCCCCCUGUUCGAACCAAGCACCGGAUACAUAGCCACGUUCAAACGGAGGGAAAGCUACGCUUUUUAAAAAGUCAACCAUUGAUGUUUGUUUUUUAUCGCCAAGUAUUGAAGAAGUGGGUUUACCGGGAAGUUUAGCACUAACAGCAGCGGUUACUGGAGCGUGAAACCCGGUGCGGGAAGGAGAGCAUCCGUCUAAACUUCACUGACUCCAGAAGCUUGGUUUAGGGUUAUUUCAUCGACUUAACUGCAUGAAACCUGCAUUUCUUUUCCAAAAGAAGCUCGUUUGAUCGGACCGAGGUUGUUUCUCUGUUUGGCCGCUCGCGCACUCACCUAUAACCAUCCAACUUUGUAAAAAAAGGUUUCAGACAUUCACAGAGACCCGAGAAGAAAGAACAUCGAGCGCAAGAUCGGACGGAGAAGUGGAUGUAUCUUGAGCCAUGGAUGUAACCGUUUACCCACCUCCUCCUCAGCCUCUGGCCGCGUCAGACCACACCAGGUUGGGGCAACUCUCCUACCCGGACCCGGCCUUCGGGACCAACAAGCUGGACGGGGACAACAUGUUCCUGGGUAUGCCAGAGCAAGGCCUUGACUAUGCCUCAACCAAUCAGUUCCGUGUGCCACAGCCCCCUCACCCUCUCAGCAAGGUGACGCCACCCAACCAGCCCUCCCAGCACUGGAGGAGGGACACACACAUGGCCGACUCACAUCGUCUGCCCUGGUCCUACUCAGUGGGCGCUUUGGGCGAUGAGGACUUCAACAUCCCUCCCAUCACUCCCCCCACCCUGCCAGAUCACAUGCUGCCCCCCCACCUCCCCCAUGAUUCCCGCUCUGGACCGUACCACCCUCUGGACAACCCCUCCAGCUCCGCUCCACACCACCCCUACCAGCUGCAGGGCAUGGAUCUGCCCGGUAUGCCCGGCAACCAAGACGGGGCUGCUAUGUUGAACCAAGAUGGCCGCACCUUCAGUCCGGAUGGCGGCCCAAUGACCAGCACACUGUCCGUGAUGCAGCAGAUGGUGAACUCUGAUACUCGGUUCACCAGCAGCCAGCAGCCAAUCGAGGCUGCUCUCGGACCCAGGAGCCAAUCGGGCAUGAGCCAGCAAAGCCAGUUGUCCACCAUCAACCAAUCCCAGCUGGGGCUGAGUGGGAACUCUGUUACCCACAACUCCCCCUCACCCCCUGGAAGUAAAUCCGCCACACCAUCUCCCUCCAGUUCAGCACACGAGGACGACAAUGAUGACGGACUCAGGCUUGUCAGUGGAGCAGAGAAGAGGCCAGCAACAGUGGACAUCUCCAAGAAACCCAAAACACCAAAGAAGAAGAAGCGAAAGGACCCCAAUGAGCCAGUGAAGCCAGUGUCCGCCUACGCCUUGUUCUUCAGGGACACCCAAGCCAACAUCAAGGCCCAGAACCCCAACGCCACCUUCGGGGAGGUGUCAAAGAUCGUGGCCUCCAUGUGGGACGGGCUGGGAGAGGAAGAGAAACAGUCGUACAAGAAGAGGACAGAGACGGCCAAGAAGGAGUAUCUGAAGCAACUGGCAGCCUACAGAGCCAGUCUGGUCUCACAGAGUUACAAUGAUCCAUCUGAAAUGAAGCCGCCCCACUCUUCCUCCACACCUCCCUCUUCCUCUACCUCAAUGUUUACAACCAAACCCUCGGUCUACCCUGGUCACCCGGGCCAGCACCAUUCCUCCGGCUCACUGGGCCACCCUCACCCCCACCCUCACCCUCCCCAUCCCCAUCAGCACCCGAGCAUGUACAUGGCGUACCCUCACCCGUCGCACCCUUCCCACGCCUCGAGCCCUGGCCUCAGCCCGCACCUGCCCCCUCCCCACACUCAGCUCCACCCCCAGCUCCAGGCUCUGUCCUCAAGAGGGACCGUCCCGCGGCCCAGCGUCCCCCACCAGGGAGUUCUGUCCCUCGGCGGCAUGGCGGCGGCGUCCCCCCCUCCUCUCCAGGUCAGCCCUCCCCUCCACAGCCAGGCACACCUGGGGGGGCUGCACAGUCCACACCACCACCAGCACCACCACCAGCACCACCACCAGCACCACCAGCACCAGCAGCUCAGUGGACACGCUCUGGGAAUGACGCACUCGCCCGGCAUCACACAGGGCUAUCACCCCUCCCUCCAGUCUGAAUAUCAGCAAUUAGGAGGAGGUAUGCUUAAUGGUGGAGCGGUGAUGUCAUCAUCAGUGGACUACCAUCAGCUGGGUCGACACACGCCCAACCACCACCCCUCUCUGGACUGGAGUACCGAUUACCAUGGCAACGGCGGCGGCCUGCAGAGGGACAAACCUCUCUAUCUGAGCUAAUCUCAGGACAAAGUGACGCCAAAACUUCAACCAAGCCCUUCGACUGCCACGGAACCUCCGGCCUCACCUCCACACGAAAACCCUGGCCAACCUAGUCCAGUCUAGUCCAGCCCUAACCCACUGAGGACUCAACCACCAAACAUGAGUUCAGCGCUUCAAACUUGAGUCCAAGCAGUAGAAUAAUGGGACAUUUCUGUGUGUAACUACCAGAGGAAAGUCUCACGGCUGGUCUGACAUCUGUUAUUGGCUGUGUCUUUUUCUACUGACCGUUUACAGCAUAAGACAUGUUAUGCUUUGAAUUGAAAUUGUGUAUACCAGUGAGGAGAGGUGGUGUGCUGUGAACCACGAUGAUAGGUGUAUAUACUCCAACCACCCUCACAAAGGGAUAAUCUGUCUCAUUUUCUGUCCGCCCUCAAAACCCAACCCCAUAUCUAGUUCCUCAUUUUGUAAAGACGGUGUUUACCGUCGGUUCCAAAAAGCUCUGAAGAGCCAUGUGUAAAUUGCUGUAACAUAAAAGUUUGAGCUGUCGGUUUUAAAGCCAAUUGACUUUUCUUUUUUUGACCUAAUAGUUGCUGACUCCUUCUGUGACCAAAGUCAAGAGAACACAGCACUCCAGCUAUGGGUCAAUAACCAAAUACAAGACAAACUGUUCCCCGCUUGUUCUUUAAUUAUAUGAAUAUGAGGCUAUGAUAUGAUGCAGUAUGGACUGUGAAGUCCCAACACAGAGCGAUGUAACGAGUGAUAAUGACACUGAACUCCCACCGCUUUACUCGGCUAAAUAAAAAUAAGAGAACGAGGUGGAAGUGAAGCCGCUUUAACCCGGCGCCGGCUGUGAAUUAUUGUGUAUGAUUAAAGAAGUCUCAUUGUUCUGUCGCAGCGAGGCUCAGAUCUGCAGGGUAGAAAUUCAUUGUAUUUUAGUCCUUGAAAUAAUGAAAUGUCAAACAAUUCUUUGUUUGGGGGGGGGGGGAAGAAAGAAACAAAAAUAGUCCUUUGUACGACGAUGACUCCUCCUCCUGGCAUAUGUCCGUUGAUGAUAUUGAUUCGGAUCCAAACUGUGUGUGUGUGUGUGUGUGUGUGUGUGUGUGUGUGUGUGUGUGUGUGUGUGUGUGUGUGUGUGUGUGUGUGUGUGAAGUGUUAAUGAGAAGGCGGGGUGGUUGAUUGGGUUGCAUGGUCUCUUUUGUCAUCUCUAUUUCUCUGUGCACAGAGGCUAUUUAAGAAACUAUAACUGUUGCUGGGUUGGCUGUGUUUUAAUGUUGUUUUUUUUAAAUCAAAUAAAGUUUUGUUUUAGUGUUAAUGAUGAUGAUGACGAUGAUGAGGGACACAUUUCUCUCUCUGCUCUGUAUCUCUUUGUAUUAAUGUGUUUUUUUUGGCAGAUGAAAGGACUCUGGGCAACAACAACCAUGAAGAUUUUCUUAUUUUUAGAUUCUAAUAAUGUGUUUGAGAAUAAAGUCAGCGCUGCAUUGAUGUGCAGUCAUUACUCCAUAA